AUGAAAACUAUUCCAAAACAAUAGACCAUAAUUACAGUUGCUCGUCCUUGCUCAUUAUCUAAAGAGCUUACACCAAUCUCUAUUCAUUCUCCUGAUAGAUAAUUGGUGUAUGGUCUUAAAACUUAAACAUAAACAUAAACAAGAGUAUAAACUUAUGUAGGUUCUCCAUACGUAUAAUCUCCUACCUAUGAUGCAAAUAAACAAUUCAUUUCCUCACGUAUAUAUCUAUAAUAAUUCUAGCUAACUUAAAUGUCUAACCUUAAUCACCAAAAAAAUUAAUUGAUUCUUAUCAUUACAAAUAGAAGACACUUGAUUAUAAAUCUACAGGUGCAGAAUAUAAACCAUUUGAAACCACUAAACAAUUACCUCCCUAAAUCAAUCAAUAAGAUUUUGCAAAGACAUUUCAAUUUGAUAUAAAUAAAGAAAAUAAGGAAUCAUAUUCAAAUACAGAUAGAAGAACUCUAAAUAAUCCAUUUUUAGAAUCAAAAGAAAAUAUUAAAGUAGGACUUGAAUUUCUAAGUAUAUCUCCCAUUUAGGAAUUAGCACAUUAAAAUACAAAUAAUAUAAAUUUACCAUAAAAAUUAACUUAAACAACUUCAUUAAAGUCUAAAUUAUAAAACGAUAUCAAUAAAAUUUCUAGUUCUUUAAGAGAUUUAAUAAAUUCUAUAUAAAAAUAAUUAGGAACAAGUAAUUUAACUGAUAUUUUAAAUGAUAAGAUGAUAGAAGUACUUUCAAAUUUUAGAAAAUUAGAAGAUACAAUUAUUUCAGAUUAUACAAAUUAAUAAUUACCUUAGAUUAAUUAUUAAAAUUAAAAUACAAAUAUAAAUGAAUAAAAAAUAUAAUCAUUAACUGAUGAUUAUAAUAAGUUAAAAGCAAUUUUAGAUUAAUUAUAGACAAAAAUGGCUUCACUUGUUUAAGAGAAUUAGAAAGUAUAAUUUAAUAUUAUAUUAUUUUAGUUAAAUAAACAAUUAAUAGAUUAAGAAUAAUAGGUUUAAGAUGAAAGAAAGAGACUAAAAGAGGAAAAUUAAAAAUUAUAAUAGAAUUAAUGUGAAUUGAAUAGAGUUCUUGGAUGUUUACAACUUAAUUAAAAAGAAAAUGAAGAGUUGAGGAAUCAAUUAUAAAAAUUAGAAAAAAAUAUAAGUGAUUCAGUUGUUUGUAGAUAAUUAUUUCAGUAAGAUGAAUAAUCAAAGGAGUUUUAGAUAAAAUAUUAAAAUUUAUUAAAAGAUUAUAGUUAAUUAGAAUCAAAAUAUAAAUAAGUAAUUUAAGAGAGAAAUACAAGAGAUAUGAAUAAAUCUCCUUCUAUUUUGAGAUCACCAUCUGGAACUCCACAUUAAUAAUAGAAUAAAUAAAUGGAAUAAUUUGAAUUAAAGAUAUUUUAAUUAUAAAUAGAAAAUGAUAAUUUAAAAGCUGAAAUAGCUCAUAAUUAAGUUGAUUCAAGAUAAUUAGAUUAAAAAAAUAAUGUGAUUGAUUAAUUAGAAGAGAAAAUUAGAUAAAUAUUAAGAGAACGUACAGAAUCUGAAGAUCAUCUUUAAUAAAUUUGUUAUAAUUUGGAAAAUUAAAUUGAAUAGAUAAAAUCUAAUUUAAAUUAAAAGGAAUAAGAAUUGAAUUAAAUGACAAAAGUAAAGAAAGAUAUUGAAAGAGAUUUUUAAUCAUCAGUUAAAAAUUAUUAAAUAGUUUAAAAAGGACUUGAUGAUAAAAUAACAAGUAUGAAAGUAGAUUAUGAUAAAUUAUUAAAUGAUUAUAAAUCUUUAGAUUAAAAAAGAAUUAAGACUGAAGAAAAUUUAAAAUAAUGUGAAAAAUCAUUAGAAUAAUAAAAAUAAGAAUAUAAUUAAUUAUAAAAUGAUAAUUUAAAGAUUAAUGAUAAAUUAUAAUAUUAAUGUAAGUAAAUUGAAUAGAUGAGUCAAUAAUUAUAAUAAUAUCAAUAAUCAACUUAAUAAAUGUUAAUAUAAUUAGAUAAUUUAAAAGAAAUUGAAUCUUAAUAAAAAUAAGAUUUGGAUUAAUUAUAAUGUCAAUUAAAAUAGACAAAAUAAGAUGCUAAAAAUUAAAUAAAUGAUUUAAAUUAAGCUUUAGUAUUAUAAGUAACAAAAAAUAAAGAAAAGGAAAAAUAAAAUAAAGAAUUAGUGGAAGAAAUGAGUGCUUUAAAAGAUUAAUAUGAAGUUUAAAAAAAGAUAUAAUUAGAAAAUAUUAAUGAAUUAGAAAGAAAAUUAAAGAGUUUAAAAUCUCAGUUAGAAGAAACAAUAGAAAAUAAGGAAAAUGAAAUUAAUGAUUUAAAAAUGAAUAUGGAAUAAUAAUUAAAAAUGAUGGAUUAAAGAAAUACAAAUUCUUAUUUUGAUUUUGAAGAAAGGGAAUAAUAAUUGAUAUAAGAUCUUUAAUAAAAAACAGAAAUCAUAGAAACAUUAAAAGGGGAAUUAGAAAAAACUAGAAGCAUCAAUUAUAAUAUUUAAGAAGAUGUACUUAAAAAUAAUAUUUAAAAUACAUAAUUAAAUGUUAUAAUUAAUAAUUUGAAAGGUGAAUUAAAUUAAGCAAAAUAAGAGUAAGCACAUUUAAUUGAUAUGUUAAAAAAAAGAAAGGAAGAAGCUGAUUAAUUACAUUUAGGAUUAGAGGAGGCAAGAAAGGAUGCUUAACUUAAAAAAAAUAUAGUUGAAGAUAAUAGAAGUAAUUAUUUAAUAAUAAUAAUAUUUUAGGAACAUUACUUAGAUAAUAAGAUUUAUAAGUAUAGUUAGAAAAUUUAUAAAGAGAUAAUUUAACAUUGACCUAGAAGGUGAACUCUUUAAAUAAUGAAAUUUAAAGGAAAUAAAGAGAAUAUUAAGAAAAAUCUGAAGAAUAUACAAUAUUAAGAAGGAAAUAUGAUGAAGCAAUAUAAAAUUUAGAAAGAUUAGAAAAAAGAUGGGGAGACAAAAUAGAAUAACAUAGAAAAAAUUGA